AUGGAAUAUACACAUGCGGCAACAUAUUAUGUAUAAAAUUUUAAAGCAUUUAUUUUAAUAUGUGAUGAAUACUGUGAUCACUGUGAUCUUUCAUCAUCCAUAUGCUUAACUUGCAAAACUAAUUUUGUUCUGGAAAAAGAUAAAUGCGUUUGCAAAUUAGUUUUAUAAGGAGGAGUUUGUUAGCCAGCACCAUUGGGAACAUAUCAUUUUUACAUCAAGGAUUUUUAGCCUUACACAUCAAAAACUCAGGUUUUUUCAGAUUCAACUGGUCUUUCCUAUGAAUUCUUUGCAGAUUACAAUACAACUCAGAGAAGUAGAUAAAUAUCAAUAGAUGGAAAUAAUGCAGGAGGUUCCUUUAUUUAGAACGAAUAUAUUCAAUACCCUAUUAACCAAGUAAUUAGUACUCCCACUGAUUUUACGGUUGAAUUCAUAUUAUACAUGCUAGGACCAAUAGGGAUGUUCAGUAAUAUUCAAAUUCUCGUAGAUAGUUAUAUAAUAGGAUAAGUAACAAAUUUUGGAGAUUUAAACAAUAUUAUGUUUAAUCAUGGUUAGUUGUAUAAUAAACAAACUUGCUCAGUGGUCGGUUAUUCAUCAUGCUAUAAAUACAAUGCAGUAAUCAAUUUGUUUCAAAUUGACCAUUUGAAUACAAUUCAAUUUAAAGGUCAUUUUAAUGUAACAGAUUCUAAAUAAGCAUGGGCUUUUAGUGAUUUAAAGAUUUCUAAAAUUGUUUGGUAACCUUCGAUUUGCACAGAUGUUUUUUAUUAUAAUGAAUGCAUAAAGACUUGUCCAUCAUAUGCACCAUUAUUUGGUGUUAACCAAUGCAAAGAUUUGUUGGAAAUAUAUAAGUUCUCUGAAUAUGUUGUAAAGCUAUUCUUUAAUUAUGGGAGUGUGUUUUUUGAUGAAAAUGCUCUUUUAUUUAAAAGUAAGCUUACUUCCAAUACUCUACAAGUCUAUAAUUCAAAAUUUAUGUUUGGUGGAUAUCAAGCUUGGUAAACAGAUUAAUUUUCGAUUACUUUAGUUUGCAACCCACAUUACAAGGCUCGAUUAUUUGUGAAACUGGUACUAAUUGAUUUUGGCAGUAAUAACGACAACAAUAUGACUGUCUACUUUGAUUAAACAUAUAAAGUAUAUAAUUGGUAAAAUGCAGUUGCUGUAGCAUCAACAGAGGAGAAGGGAGAUCAAUUAGUUCAAGAUUACACAGUAACUAUAAGUGGGACAGAUUUCGAGGUGAAUCAUGAUGAUCGCGAAUUAUUAGUUUCGUUUAAUUGUAAUGCAUUUAAUACUGCAUAUUGUGGAUUAUAUGAUUUCUUUGUAAUAGUGGCAUUAUGUCCAAUAAAUUGUUUAAGAUGUUCUGACAGUAGUACUUGUUUGGAAAUAAAGUCAGACAAAUUUGUUCUAACAGUUUAUUAUGAUUGUCCUUAAGGUUAUUAUUAAUAAGCAGGGAGUUGCAUUCAAUGUUUAAAUGGUUGUAAAGUGUGUGUUGAUUAGUAAUCUUGUAAUCAAUGUUUUGACACAUAUAUUUAUUACGAUAAGCAAUGCUUUUGUCAAAUUAAUGGACUGUCAUCUGGUGAUUGUUCAUCUGAUUGUCAUCCCUUAUGUGAGACUUGUGCAAACUUUAGAAAGAAUAAUAAUUUAUAAUGUUUGACUUGUGAUACUAAUUAAGGGAAGGUUAUGAAUAUAUAAUCAUGUGAAUGUUAGGAGGGUUUCUAUUUAACCAAGAAUUUUUCAUGUGAAAGAUGUCAUGAUAUUUGCAAGAACUGUUUACUUUCGGCUAGAUUCUGUAUCUAAUGUAACAGCCUAUAAAACAGAGAAUUGGAAUUUUAGGAUUGUAUAUGUAAGGAGGGGUAUUUUGAGGUGAGUGAUUCUUAUACUUGUAUGAAAUGUUCGGAUAGAUGUAAGACUUGUGAGUUUUUUGAGACUUAUUGCACUAGUUGUUAUGUAUCAUAAAUGAGAACAUUGAAAGAGAAUGACUGUGUUUGUUCAUUAGGACAUUACUAAUACUAAUAAAAUCUAAUAUGUUCAGCAUGCAAUGAUUUAUGCGAAUAUUGUUCAGAUUAUAAUGUUUGUACAUCCUGUUAUGAUGUUCAAUUUAGAAUAUUAUCAGUUGAUAAAUGUAUAUGUCAAAGUGGGUAUUAUCAAAACAGUAACCAAUUGAUAUGUUCGCAGUGUUAUUACACUUGUUCUGAAUGCAAUGGCUCGAAUGAAUUCAAUCAAUGCACUAAGUGUCCUAAAACUAGAAUCAGAUCCAAUGUUUACCUCAAUGUAUUCGAAUGUGAUUGCAAAGUUGGUUACUAUGAUAAUAAUGAAUUAGAAUGCAUAGAUUGUAGUACCUAUAAAUACCCACCAAUCACUCAUUAUUGCUAUUCCAAAUGUGGAGAUUAGAUUAUCUAAUGGAAUGAACAAUGCGAUGAUGGUAAUCUUGAACCCAGAGAUGGCUGCAAUCAAUGUUACUUAUCUAAUAACAAAUGUCUCACUGACAUAUGUUUGAAAUGCCACUUAGGAGAUUGUUAAUAAUGUGUAGAUGGAUACUAUCUGGAAAAUGAUUUUACUUGUCAAUUAUGUUCUCCACAUUGUGUAACAUGUCUCUCAUCCCCAACUCAAUGUGUAGAGUGCAAAUUCUACACUCCUGAAAAAGAAUGCAUAACUUGUAUCUCCUCUGCUGGGUAUACAAUAAUUGAUAAUCAAUGUAUCAGUCUUUGUGGAGAUGGCAUAAGAACCACUGAAGAAUUAUGUGAUGAUGGCAACACAGAAAAUGGCGAUGGAUGUUCUUCAUUUUGUACAGUUGAAGAUGGUUACAUUUGUGAUUAAAUUUGUGUCAAAAUUGAUUAUGUUGAUAUCAUCCUAACAGAAUCGCCCUUUGAUAAGAUCUAUGACUCCUCUAGGUCAAUUACACUUACUUUCGAUCAAGUUGUUAAUAUCACCUAAGCACCUCUCAAGGAUUCCAUUUCCAUGAUUACCAAAAUUCCAAAUUACAAAUUCACUGCUAAAGAGAUUACUGAUAGAACCUAAUACACUAAAGAAUUCAAUCAAGUUGAUAUCCAGAUUGUCAUUUAAUUAAGUGAAUCCAUAGAGUCCCCAGAAAUCAUUUUUAUUGUCAGCAAAAACACUGAAGUGAUUUCUAAGGAUCACUUCUCCUUUUAAUCCAGAAAUCAAUCUUUUACACUCUUGUAAUAUCAAGCCUUGAGUGAGUCUGAAAUAUCAAAUACCCAGAAUCUAGUUAGAUUUAACUCUUAUAUUCUAUAUUUACUUAUUGGUUUUGCCAUCUUGGCAUUUCUAUUUGGAGGAUUGGAUAUCUUCUGGAAUCUCCUAGAUACUCUAUAAGUGUUAUCCUAUCUAAAAUAUUUAAAUGUCCUCUAUCCGUAUAAUCUGGAAACCUAUUUCUAAUUAUUUGGUUUUGCUGAAUUUGAUUUCCUGAAAUCCAAUUUCAGUGUUGAGGAUUUGAUUUCAUCAUCAAUUGAGAUUGAAGAUCCUGCUCUUAAGUUUAAAGAAGAAGGAUAUACAUCACUCUUUUUUGCUAAUGUUAUUGCCAUUUUCAUUGUCAUUAUGACAACUAUUGGAACAUACAUAUUUUUUCAUAUUGUCUUCUAUUGCAUCUAUCAUUAUGCCAAGAAAGUAAGUUCUCAUUAAUUAAUUGCUAAUUAUUAAUAAUAAGAAGAACCAAAUGUUAUAAUAUUUUUAUGUCUCAAACUAACAAGGACUAUGCAAAAAUACUUUUACAAUCUCAAAAUACAAUACAAAACUGGAAUUCUAAGAGCCUUCUUAACCAUUUCUUAUGAUUUGAAUUUAGCAAUAUUCUUGCAAUUAAUGAGCUACUCGAAUUCCUCAUCCAUUUUAAUAUUAAGCAGCCUUUUUGCACUUGUCCUGAUGUUUUGUGAAAUGUAUUUCAUUUACUUUGGGGUAAUUGUCAUGAGCAACAAAAGAUUUUACUUUGAAUUAUAGGAGGUUCAAUUAAAAUAUGGAGCACUCUAUGAAGGUAUUGAAUUAGACAGCAAUCCUUAUAGCCUGUAUUACAAUAUUGUGCUCUUCACUAAGAAAUUGUUAUUCAUGUUUUUCUUAGUGUUCUUGUAUGAUUACCCCUUAUUCCAAAUUGGAUUCGUGUCAUCUCUAAAUGCUAUAUUCUUUACCUAUAUUAUUUACAACAAGCCAUUGAUUGAUAAAUCUGAAUAUUACAAACAAAUAACCACAGAAGUCUUAUUGUGGAUAACAGAAUUGUUGAUAUUGCUUAUGGGUUUUGGAUAAAAAAGUGAGUUCUUGGGGUAUCAAAGCUUUAUCGAGAUUGGGUGGGUCAUCAUUACAAUCUUGACUCUCCUCAUCUUCAUUCAAUUAAUUAUUGAUAUCAGACAACAUAUGAUAUUUUUAAUAGAAAACUAUGAAAUACUAAGAAUUUUAGUCAAUAAAAUGAAGUAGUUGCAUUAAAGUCUAUUCUCAAAGGAAAUACAUAUUAACAAUGAUGAAUCACAAAGUCUAGUUGGUUCCAGCAGCAGAGGUAGAUUAAAGUAAAGCUCUAGUAAACUCCCAUCUAAUUAAAGUUCAUAAAAACAAGUCAGAAAAUUAAUCACAUUUAAAAUGAAUGAUUCUAUUUUAUGA